AUGCCGAUGCUGGUGGUCCGCAACCCCGCAACGGGUGACCCGUGUUUCGACGACGAAGAGGACCAGCAGGUCCGCACGGAUGCGCUGUGCUCCAUUUUCGAGGCCACAGAGUUGCCCAUGGCCGACGACGGCGGACCCCAGGAGAUCACUGAUGCCCCCGAUGAGGACCUCAUAGGCCAGUACGACGCCAACGAUGCGACCCAGGCUUUGGUGGGGGCCCCCAACUUCAAGAGCGCCCCAGUCCUCAAGUGGACGGACCCCGCCACCUCCCAGGCCCCACGACAGGACCCCGAAGGAGCUGCUGCCGAACUUUGGAAGCUCAGUACGGAGAUUGUUGGAGAUCCCCUUCUUGGAGUAUUUCAGGCCGCGCAGGCUUAUCGAAGAGCGCCCCAGGGUUUCAGAGACGGUGAAACAGUCUCCCUGAGGAAGCCCAAAGGUGACGGGUUGAGCGCCAAGGACCAUUACAGAACCAUCAACCUCAUCGGCCAUGCGGGCAAAGCUUUCACAAAUGUGACCAUUAUGCCAGAAUCGCGCCAGAUGUCUCGUAAGUUGCCCAUCGCGCAGUUUGGCGCGCUGCAAGGCCGUUCUACUCGCGAUGCCAUUGCUCUGGUCGACGAGGUCGGCAGACGACUAUUCAUCGCGAUGUAUGACAUGAUUACCACUGAUAUCGGGGACCAAACGUUAGCCGCGGGGUUCAAGGGCGUCCAGGUUCAGUACGACCCCUCCUUCCAGGUUUUCAGGAAUUCUGAGGACUUUGCGGCUAUUGAAUUAUCCGUUCUAGACACGUCCCAGAUCAAAUUCGUGGAUGACUUAAUCACGCUGACUAUCGUCGACGACUUCGACGCUGUCACCUCGUUCCUAGACUUCCUGAGGACUCAGGUUAAUGCCAGCGGCCUGACCAUGAACGUCUGCGCCCUGCACCCGACACCGACAGUUAAGUACCUCGGCUGCCUGCUCUCUGCCACUGGUUCCUACUCUCCCGAGAUCAAGACUCGCCUCACCUCUGCGAAUAAGGCGCACGGUCGUCUUGCCCAACGUGUUCUAAAGGGCAACCUCAGUAUUCGUUUGAAGGUGCGGUUGUGGUGUUCGCUAGUUCGUUCGAUCGCGCUGCACGCGCUGGAGGUAGCUUUCUUGACCCGAGCCGACCUGAAGAAGUCGGAACGAUGGCAGACCCGCAAACUUCGGCAUAUUUUGCGGCCCCCCGCCCACAUGCACCGCGUAUCCAACUCGGAUAUUCGCAAGCGAGCCAACAUCUUCAGCGUCAGCUCUACUCUGCUGCAUCGUAGGCUUCAGUGGCGGCGGCAUGUCAUAUCACCAGGAUGCAACGAUCGGAAGGGGUUGGAGAACCGCAGGUUUGCGGUCCACUCGAUUAUUGCCAACCGUGUGAAUAUUCCUUGGUUUGACCUCAGUGCCCGCAGGUGCCCAUACUGCUCCCAAGUAUUUACCCGCAAGGACGCCUUGAUCAGGAAACGAGACGCGGGCGAGGCAGGAGUCGAGAGCACCAAACCGACCGCCGACACCGAAGUUGCUGGCAUCUCGAAGAAGGACCGCUUGAUGACCAAGCUUCUGCUCCAGCACGCGGACAACUUUCGGGGCUCGGCGAGAGACCAGAACGCGGUGGUUCGGCUCCGAGCCGGUUCUCAGAUGCAGGUGGCGCUGGAGUCGAGCACGUCACAUUACCAGAAGGCAGGGAAGGAGGCCAGGGACACGGUCGCGGCCGCCGACUACCGCGGCCACCCUCUCGGCAAGAAGCCCGAUGCGUACCUCCGCAUGCUGUUGUUCAGAUUGAGCGAGGCGGUGGGGGACAGACUCGAAGAGGUCAAGGCCGCAGUGGCCCAGGGCGCCAAUCCACAGAAAUCAGCCUUGGCGUUGAUGACACUCGUGGAGUUCGGGAAGAGCCUCAAGGAUCCCGAAGUGAAACUCAAAGCGACGAGGUGCUUCGACGCGAGAGUGACAAAGACGAUCGACGGAAAAGAAGUGGAGGAGGCCAAGUGGAUAUUCGCUGCUAUGUCGCACCCCGCGGCGACGUCAGCGUUGCAUGUCCUCAAAGCCAACGGGGGGGUGAAGUCAGCGAGUCUGAUCUUAGAGGACGACGAGGCUCCACGGUCCAAGACUGCCAAGGAGCUCGAGAAGAUGAUAUUCAAGGGGGGAGGUGCUUUGGGGGCGAUCCUUAUUGCGGCAGUCUGGCUCUACCCCGUCUGGUCCGUCCCCAUCUGGGAGGUGUGUCCCGACUUCCCGGCCGACAUCGUGAAGGAGGACCCAGGGGAUGCGGCGGAGCACGCCGAGCCGGCGGAGCCCGGGGAGCACCGCGCGUUGGGCGAGAACCCAGGCGAGAGCGCCGCGGGGCUCAGACCUCGGAACGCGGCCCUGGGCGCCGAGGACCCCGGGCAGCCGUUGCUGGUCUUCGGCUCGUUGCGGCGGCUGGUGGAGCUGCAGCUGGUGCACCCGGAGCUGCUGCGGGCGCUGCGGCGGGCCUUCGGGCGCAGCGAGGCAGGGCACCGCCGCGGCGCCCUGGAGGACUUCCACGACGAGUGCUCCGGGGGAUCUCCGCAACCUCCACUUCUGUCGCAGGACCGCUGGCCGCGGGCGGCGCUGGCGCGCGCGCUGGAGGGGCAGCUGGCCGGGCAGCGGGGCGCCGACCCGCAGGGCCUGCGGAGGAUUCUCCGUCGCCUGCGGCAGCCCGGGGAGUUCGGCAACCCGUCCGAGCCGAUGGAUUUCUCGGAGCGCCCAGCGCGGUGCCGUACGCCCGCGAACGACUACACGGUACACCUGCUGCACUACAUCUACAACACUCUGAUCAUGAAGUUUUGCUUGCACCUGAACAACAAUACUGUCCUGCGCAAGCUCUCCCAGUAG